GGCACGAGGAACCCACUUGCAUAGUACCCAUGAGCAGUAGCAGCAGGCCAGCCGCGCGCGAGGAAUGGCGAGGGCCUUCUGGUAAAAUCAACAUCCACGCUAUCGUAUAAAGAUAUCCAUAUAUCACAGCUUAGCAGCCCAAGCAAUCACUAAGAUCACCACUGCCCACUGCCAUGCUCACUCCCCUCUUCUCAGCAGCCAUGGAGCCCCAGCACGGCGAGAAGGAGCUCCAGUUUCUCCUCCUCCCCACAACCACACCUCUGAACGCUGCCUUCCUCCAUUCCCCCGGGCCACCGGUCGCCAGCCCCUCUGACCAUCACCACCCGCAGCUGGACCUGAGCCUGUCCAUCAGCAUUGGGCCACCGACGCCACGGGCAGCAGAUCGUCAAGGACGAGACACUACGGCUGCUGACCGGAGCAAGAGGGUGGCGGCGUCGGCGGACGUGCAGGCGCUGAAGCAGCAGGCGGCGGAGCAAGCCCGGAUGGCGUCGGCGGAGCGGGCGUACGCGGAGCGCGUGAUGGAGCUGGCGCGGCGGGAGCUGGAGCUGGCGGAGCGGGAGUUCGCGCGGGCGCGGGCCAUCUGGGAGCGCGCCCGCGGCGAGGUGGAGAAGGUGGAGCGCGUCAAGGCCAUGGCCGCGCGCCGGAUCGCCGCCGGCUCCGCCGCCGCGCUCGAGAUCACUUGCCACGCCUGCAUGCAGCGCUUCCACCCUUAAUAAAUCAGCACGCCAUGCAUGUUGUCGUCAUAGCUACCGUGACUAUAUAGUGUACUACUAGUAUUACAUUACAUUAGUUGGCUGUUAAGACCUUUGUUUAUGAGUGUUUUUGUGCCAUCAGUUAAUGCAGGCUUCGAUCGCAUCAUCAUAUAUUGUCAAAAAAAAAAAGAUCGCAUCAUCAUAGAUAAAGGGAAAAGACAGAUCGAGAGCAGAUCAAUGUUCUUCGAUCUCUUGCUUUCUCGCACAA